CUUUACUUUUUAGAUGAUAAUCUGUUCGACUUCUAUAUUGAAACUAUAAUGGACUUCGACCACAAUCCUAACGUGUGUCAUCAUCAGGUAUCAAAGGUCAAUGAAUCCGGCACAUUCUUUUGUAAACCUGCCCGGGACGCGCGGCAUGUGAGGAUCCAGAAGGAGGGUCUGAAAGAAGACAACGAUGCUAUUGUCUUCUGUGAAGUGGAAGUGUAUGCGCACAGUACAGAGAAUCAUGUUCCUAAUGUAGCUGUAUUGGUAGAUAGUAAAACUGCGUGUGAAAACUUAAUGAAACCACCGAAACCAGGCGACGUAAUUGGCUUCAAGUGUCCCCCUACGCCGCUUGCUAGUAGUAUACAGAUAGUGAAACACCCAGCAUACGAUGGGGACACACUCUCGAUGUGCGAGGUUGAAGUGUAUGGAACUCCAGGAAAUCGGAACUGGGCUAUUGGUACGAAAGGAUAUAUGGGUGAAGUCAUUGGAAACAAUAAAAAUAAUACAAUAUUGCAUCCAUGGCAGUACAUCGUUGACGGCGAUAUCUCCACUCAAAUUAACUCAACAGAAUGUCCUACCUACUUUUCAUCCAACCCUGUUUUUCUGAUCGUUGAUUUAUAUGACAGAUACGUGCUCGUGGACAAGAUCGUGUAUCUGGCAGCAGGUGGACUUGGGUAUCCUAAAGCGAUCGAGAAUACUGUUACUACACUUUAUAAUUCGGACACAAAUGCUCACAACGCAGAGGCAUGCAAGACUGGCCGCCGGAAGUUCAAACCGGGAUACUAUAUUACGGCGCUCUGUUCAGGAGAGGCACGUGUAGCGAAUCACGUGAUCCUAGAGAAUGAUCCUAGAUUUAGAAGAAUGGCAAUGUGUGAGGUGGAGGUUUAUGGAGAGUUCAAAUAUCUGAAAACUCCUUCCAUAGGUUACAGGCACCUGCCUGAUCCGUGGCACAAAUGAACCACACUUGCAGAGUAUUCGAAAUAUGUUCUCCUUUCUCUUUAAAUAUGUACUUUCUUUUUAUUUGAAGUUUUAAGAACUGUUUACUUUUGGGUUUUAUUUCGUGCAACAAGUUGAAUUAAAAAUAUGCCUGAAAGCGAA